AUAGCAAACGGCAGCAGCGACGCGAGUCGCGCAGAGCAAGUCAAACCAAACGCAAUUCGGGGGACUCUUUAAAAACGAAAAACCCAAAAAUCGUGAAAAAUUAGAUAACAAAUUCUUAGAAUUCAGACAUACAUUUUUUUAGUGGUUGCCCUGGUUCAAAAAAAAAAAAAAACUACCGAAAUAGCAGUGCGUAGCGGGUACCAAAAUGUCCAACCACGAACUGAGUGAACUAAUAGCCUUGGGCUGUCCCGACCUCAGCACCAAGUCGGAAUGCAAUCAAAUCGAGCUGACAAUAAGCGGGGAGCGUCGACUGAGUAUCAAACAAAUGACGGCCACAGAGUUGGCCAAUCUUCGUGCUGCUGCUGAGGCAGAAGCGAGACAGCGUGCUGAGGAAGAGGCGAGAAAAUUAGCCGCUGCUGCUGCUGCCAAAGCUAAGGCUGAGGCCCAGGCACGAGCUGCUGCUGAAGAAGAGGCUCAGCGUCAGGCUGUGCUGGCUGCAGUGGAAAAUGCUCGGCAGCGCAAGCUACAGGAAGACCAACAGAGGUUGGAACGACAGGAACAUUUGCAAAGCCUUAAAUCACCUACUCGGGGUGUAUUGCCUGCGAAUGCCGCGCCCCGUGAGCGUAUUGUCUCAUUGCCCAGCAUUCUGGAUGAUGCAAUGGAGAUGCAUUUGCUAAACGCAAGUGAAGCUGGGAACGCACGUAGUCCAAACUCCAAGGAAUCUUCGUCUCCCGGCAGCUGCGAGCCUUCGAAAAGCAACUCGCAUUUGGCCGACUCUAUUGAGCUGCUACGCAUGCAGCGACGUGCUCGUGAGGCGCGUUCCAAAAACCGGGAGCGUUCUAUUUCGCCGCAGGCACGAGAUCAACACGAGCGUAGUGCAGCUCCCGAUCGUCUUCAAAGUUCUUGCAGCAUGAGUAGCAUCGAUUCGGCCAGCAUGAGUGCCAGUGCUUCACGACAUGCCAGCAAGACAGCCAGUCGUCGGGGCAGCACUACUAGCGCGGUCCUUGAACCGCAAAAUGACACGCUUCCACCGCAGUCUAAAUUUCCGUUAACUAAGACGGUGUCUGCACCCAACAUGAAUCGACGUCGCAGCAGCCUAACUGCCCUUUUUCCGGGUCCCGCCCCAUUAGUGGCACCCGAACCGACAUUGCACACCAAUCCGACGGCCCCACCGACGGAACCACCGCGCCAGACACGCGAUCAAAACGGCUAUCGUGAAAUACCGAGUGGUAAGAUGGUGCAUCGAACCAAAACUCCACCGCCUGUGGGAGCCAAUCUCGGUGUGUGUCUUAAGCGUGUAUCGCCACCAAAAGGGUCGAUCACAGUCAAGCCAAAAGAGGCUCCCAUGCUGGGUGUAGUUUUACGGAAGGUGGAGCGCAAGACAGCGCCACAGAAAAGCAUAUUGGAUGAUGACAAGCCUCUCUAUCACUUCUCAAUCGUGCGCAGCGAUCACAAGGAGCACAAGCCAGCGGUGCCAAAACCGAAACCGAAGCCAACACCGCCGGCUGUUAAGCCCAGUCCAGGUGGUAUUCUGACAGGACCGCAAGUAAUUCGCACCGUCAACCACCCAGCUGUAGCGAAGCCUCAGCGUCCACAGCCUGGGGUUCCCAUAACCAUAACGAAGAUCGAGGGUGACAAGAUCAUUAUUAUUAAAAAGAUAGUUGUACCGAAGAACAGUAAGAUACCGGAACAGUAUCUACAGGUUGCUUAAAUGAGUGAAGAUGUCGACAAGGCCUCGGUCUCGAUAUCUGAAACGAACACGGCAACGCCGACAGCUUUGCCCGUGUCUCUAAAACAACUUGAAGAAACUGCGAACAUGCAAAAAUCAACACCGCCACCACCACCGCAACAUUCGAGCGGCCAGCAAUUCUUUCAGGUCGUGUCGCCACAAUUCGCGUCCGUGCUCUCGUCUAGCAUACCGGAAACCAAGUGUGCCGUCAGAUCACCCAUCUCGUCACCGCUCGCGUUGCGCAAGAAUCGCCCACCGCUGCCAGGCAGUCCAAAAUCUACGCCACCACUGCCUCGCAAACACCAUCCACUGGCCUACAAUGCGGCUACAGGGGUCAUUACAAGUGGUUCAGCUGGCGUACCAGUGUUGCCGGCGCGCAUGGCUACUAUAGCCUCUAGUCCUGUAUCGAGCAUCUCGCUGUCGUCCUCCAGCUCGCCGUCAGCCUCACCCCCGCCGCCUGUGCCUUGCCGCGCACCCAAAAACUCGAUCUCAAGCAGUAGUAAUGCAUCCAAGGAGGCGAUCCAUAAUGUUGCUUCUAAGCCAGCAGCUUCGAACGAGAUCGACCUUGACAAGAUCAUACAACAACAACAGCAACUGCAGGAGAAAACGGCGGCCGUAACAAACAGUGCGAAAUUGGACGCGAACUUCUACGAUGCGGAAAUUGAGAUGAUGAACAUGUAUCUAAAGAGCUUGCCCGACUACAGUGAAAUAGAUCGUAAGCUGCACAAGGAGUUUCAGGAAUGCGAAGAUCUUCUGAAGCGGCAACAGCAACAGCCGUUGUCAAAGUCCAAUUCGCAACAGUGCAUGACGCCGCAGACGUCAGGUCUGCAACAUCAUGUAGGUCACCCGAAGAUAAGCGGAACUCUCGGUGGUCUCGGUCUGACCAAAUCCUCCUCGAUUCAUUUUGCGCCCGUUGCUAGCGGUGUCAGCGCCUACAACAAUCAAGGGAAUCGAGGGCCGCGUCUUGCUUACCCCUCGAUUUUUUCCCAGCCAGGCAACGACACGCCUAAGCUUCAGCGCAGCAUUUCGAGCAAUAAUAUGCCAAUGCAUCAACAGCAGCAACAACAUCCAUUCAUGCCGCUGCAUUCUAGUGUCAAGCUGCCCCCUCAAGAACUGAAGAACAACGGCCUAAAUGGAUCAAAUCUCUCACUUAAUAAGCAGCUAAUGAAUGAAUUCUGGAGCGAAAAUCUGACCAGCUCACAAAAGCGUCAGACCCCGAAGCGUACGUUCUGGAACUAUGAGAAAAUAUGUGGUGCACAAUUAGGCGAUGCUGGUCAACCCUUUAAAGUGGAUGCCAAGACGGCGAAGAAGUUGGCCAUUUUCGACCCCACAGUAGCCGAAGCAGCUCAAAAGGAGCUUCAAAAGCUAUCGCAGCCGCAUCCUCAUAAACUGCAAAAGAACGCUUCAUUGUCACAUCUAGAUCUCAAGGUCCGGCAGGCCGUGACCAAGGACGAUCUCUAUAAACUAAUCUGCAAUGAGCAAUCUCCAACGACGCCUACAGCUGCAAACUUUAUUAGCAAAGUGCCCGUUAAGUUACCGAACACUACAGCGCCGGCGUCGAACCCGCAGCUUCUGAACAAAAGCGUUUCAAUGACGCACGUACCACAGUUGGGUCCAAACGCCUUACCCGGCUCAGGCACCAACAACCUCGUCCGCACCUCUAGUCGCACGCACAUACCGUGUUAUAUGAAACAUUUGCCUGCUCUCAGUCGCAGCACGUCCAACUCCGCCAUUCUCCUACCCACAUCUACUACUACGCCGUCGCAGGUACUCCAUCAGCCUCUGCCGCAACCCCGUAAGGAGCAGCAGCAACAACCCCUUAAGGUCAAUGACGUAAAGCCAGUCAAGCAACAGCCUCAGCCCAUGGCCAAGCAGAGUGGCGUGCACAAGAGUUCCUCCAGCUCGUGCGUACCCUCGCCUCGCUGUGCUGCACUCUUUCGACGUCCCACAGAGCCGGCGCUGUCUGUAUCCACUAGCAAGGCCAAGGAAGUUCCCCCACCACAAGUGCCAGAUGUGACGCCGCUUUCAGAGUCGGCCACCGACUCAUCCUCUCUGGACCGCAAGUCUGAGAAGAGCAAUAGCACGAUCAGCACAAGCAGCUUCACAGUAACUAACUGCUGCACCACCCAUCUACCGCAGCUUUCGAAGUUCACCUCCUCGUUUCACAUCCCCUCGAGCAGUUCAGGAGCCUCCACGUGUGCCACUGCGACCGUCAACAGCACGCCCACACCAUCCACAGCGGCGACAACUGCGCCAGCGACGACAACAGUGGCCACAACGACGUCACAGCAACAGCAACAACCGGGAAAGAAGAACAGCACAGCAACUUUUGACAGCAAGGCGCAACAAAGCCAAAGCACGGCAGCUGCCAACUGCGAGACGACGGCUGGGACAAAGCGCCAGAAAGACGUCGAUAACAAGCUAGAAAAAUGUCUUAACGACAUGCUAAAGUUGAAAAGCAACAGCAGCAACAACAACAACAACAAUAACAACAGUGCGGCCAUGUCGCAGUCCCUGACAGCGGGUGAACACAAAGAGCUGGCAGCACACGAUGCUGGCGCCAACAGCGCAGUCGGCACAACGUUGGCAGCCAAAUAUGGCAACGAGUCGCAGAUACCCGUGCCAGUGCAGCUCUACGAUCCGCAGAAGUCGCUGCAGCAGCAGCAACAGCAAAAGUGCAACUAUCCCAUUGGAAAGUCGAACUCUACGUCCCAGCUGCCCAUGGGCUAUCAGCGAUUGCUGCAACAGCAGCAGCAGCAACAGCAACUUCUUCAGCAACAGCAACAGCAGCAGCAGCAACAACAACAGCAAGCCCAACACCACUAUCCGCAGCACAAACGUCCAUUUUUGAACUGGAACUCAUUCGCCUGCUCUGCCAUGAACGGCGCCACAGAUCCGUUUAUGCAGCAUCAGCAACAGCCGCCAAACAAGCUGCAACAAUCAUACUCCUCAUCGCAUUUGGCCAAGCAGACGCCAAAAGCGACCGGGCUGUCCAUGUUCCUGCAAAAGAGUACCAACAAGGAGAACAAAUUCGGACAACCGCCGCAGCCGCAACCCGGACAUAUUCUGCCGACCCUAGGCAUGGCCCCACAAAUGUACGGCUAUGCAAAGGUCAAUUAUCCGCCGCAGCAACGCUCUGGCGCCCCACUCACGCACUCCGCAUCGUUUAGUGCGGCCCAGAGACCCUCCACGCUUCUGCAACAACAGCAGCCACCGCCCCACCUGGCUCUCGGCAUGAUGAGUCGCAAUUACUACAAUCUGCCCAAGCAGCAACCACAACAGCAGCCAUUUGCGCCGCCGGAGCAUGAACGGAAACCGCUGCAAACUUUCGAUCCGUACUUGUAUCCCAAGCCGCCCAGCCAGCAAGUGCACAUGGGGGCUAAUGUGGUCAAGUCGCCGUACCAGCCGCAACAUCCGCAGCAGCAACAUCACCCGCCAUAUGUGCAUCCACAUCCGCAUGCGCAGUUCGUGAAUGCCGUUGCCUCCGCGGCUGUGGGAGUGGGAGUGGGAACUGGAGCUGUCGGCGGCAACGCCGCGGGUGCGCUUCAAUACGAUCCGAACACAAAUACGCAAUUGUUUUAUGCGCCGCCGCCUCAGACGCAGCAGUCGUUGGGUCUGCAACCGCAACCGCAGCAGCAACAACAACAACACCAACUACAACAAAGCAAUUCUGUCAUAUACAAUCACUCAACGCAACAGCAACAACAACAACAGCAGCAGCAUAAUGAAAUGUCCAAAUCCGCAAUUGCCAUGCAUUUCAUCGAGACAGCAAAGCCCGUCAUUCAAGAUGAUGCUGAUGGUCACUUAAUUUACCACACGGGAGACAUUCUCCAUCACAGAUAUAAGAUCAUGGCCACACUGGGCGAAGGCACCUUCGGACGUGUGGUUAAGGUCAAGGAUAUGGAGCGUGAUUACUGCAUGGCCCUAAAGAUCAUCAAGAAUGUGGAGAAAUACCGCGAGGCGGCAAAAUUGGAGAUAAAUGCUUUGGAGAAAAUAGCACAGAAGGAUCCGCAUGGUGAUCAUUUGUGCGUCAAAAUGAUUGACUGGUUUGAUUAUCAUGGACAUAUGUGCAUAGUUUUUGAAAUGUUGGGACUCAGUGUUUUCGAUUUCUUGCGUGAAAACAACUACGAGCCUUAUCCGCUGGACCAAGUGCGCCACAUGGCCUAUCAAUUAUGUUAUGCUGUGAAAUUCUUGCAUGACAAUCGAUUAACGCACACAGAUCUCAAGCCGGAGAACAUACUAUUCGUCGAUUCGGAAUACACUCCUCACUAUAAUCAUAAGCUGAAUUGCGAGGUGCGCCGCGUCAAGAACACGGAUGUGCGUCUCAUAGACUUCGGGUCGGCCACCUUCGACCACGAGCACCACAGCACAAUUGUCUCGACCCGGCAUUAUCGCGCGCCCGAGGUUAUCUUGGAACUGGGGUGGUCUCAGCCCUGCGAUGUGUGGUCGAUAGGCUGCAUACUGUUCGAGCUUUAUUUGGGCAACACGCUCUUCCAAACGCACGACAAUCGGGAGCAUCUGGCCAUGAUGGACCGCAUAUUGGGGCAGAUACCAUAUCGCAUGGCACGCAAUCAUACUCUUUACAGCAAAACCAAAACAAAGUACUUCUAUCAUGGUAGGCUGGACUGGGACGAGAAGUCCAGUGCGGGCCGCUACGUCCGCGACAACUGCAUGCCAUUGUUUAUGUGCCAGUUGAGCGACAGCGAGGAGCACUGCGAACUCUUCAGCUUGAUCAAGAAGAUGUUGGAAUACGAGCCCUCGUCCCGCAUCACGUUAGGUGAGGCACUGCGCCAUCCAUUCUUCGAUCGUCUGCCAGCGCAUCAGCGCAUCGGAGAUGUGGGCAACAAUAGCAGCAGCAAGCAGCCGUUGUCCUCGGGCAGCAGCAGCCGCGAGCGAUCGCACAGCUUGUCCAGAUGAGAAUUACAGCGAUUUGGUUAUUGUUAAAGGCAUACGAAACAACUUGCAUUACUCAUACAAGGAUACACACACACCACCAUCAUCACUAUAUACACACCAUUCAUCCAUCUAUCUAACUACCAGGAGAGAGAGCGUAUGCAGAGCAACAUGCAACCCAGAAUAUUGAUCGACCAACUGUUGGGCAGCGAACCGCAACAAACGACAUCGUUAGACAUUUUUGAACUUGACUUGUAUAGAGAGUUAAUUUAUACUGAACUUAUUUUUAAUUGAGUUAUCCCAAGCAUGUUGCUGGUGUGUCUGCCUCCGGCCUGUUGUGUAUUGUCAUAAUAACCGCCUAUUGUGUUUUGUUUUGUAAUGAUAACCAAAUCGUGCAUAAUUUUUGAUAGUGCUUCGUGUCACUAAACCAAACCCCCUCCCCCUAAGAUGUCUGUAAAUGUCAAAUCAUCCAAAUAUUAUGAGGAGAAGCAGAAACAAUUACAACAAGAAGAAUAACAAGAAGAAGAAGAAGAAAACAAUUUACGACUGCAAUGCUUAAGAAUUAAAUGCGAUAAACACUUGUAAAAUAGUUCAGAAAGCGCGCUGGUUGAAAUUCAGAAAGUCCGAUUGGGACUACUACUCUAGUGUCGGUUUUGUAAUUAGUAAAAUGUUUGCUAAAGCAUGUAAUUAUACAUAUAUACUUAUAUUUAAAUUAUAUACUAUAUACCUUCGAUGUAUGUAAUGUAAUAUAAAGAGGAAUUGUGAUGACGACCUGUGUGUCGGCAGAAACAAGAGAACACAAAACAUACUUUGUGCGAAUUCAAAUACGACAACAAAGUCAUCAAUUAAUGUGUAUUGGCAGCCGCGUCUGCUGUUCAGUUCAGUUCGGUUCGCUUUAGUUUGCUUCGAUUAAGUUCGUUUCGUUUACGUUUACGUGUAUUUGUCGAAUAUCGAAGGAGAAUUCAACAAAUUAGUGAAACAAGAUUGUGAACACACUCAACUCAAUGACACUCAUGCAUACAUAAUUGUACACCCACAUGAGCAGAUGGAAUGGCAAGAACCCCAGAGGACCUUUGUAUCCUCUCUAUACUUAUACAUAUACAUACAAGCAUACAAACAUACAUGCAUACAAACAUUAUAUUCAAAUGAUUGUGAAUUAGUUUAAUAUUACAUAAAUAUUAAUGGUAAAUUACAUUAUUUGCAAUUUAAUAACCCCAUCAGCCAGCAUAUAAGAUAUACAAAUCAACAACAGCAACAACAACAUAUUGUCAAGUUAUUUAAAAAUUGAAAUAAAUUUUAAAACGAAUCCAAA